GCGGCACUUGGUGCGGCACUUGGUGCGGCACUUGGUGCCUCUGUAGAGUCCCCGGGCGUGUUUGGAUGCUUUGACGCCCCGGCUGCUUUGCGUGGCAGGCGCGGCCCUUGGCGCCUCUUUGUAGAGCCCCGGACGUGUUUGGACGCUUUGACGCCGCGGCUGCUUUGCGUGGCAGGCGGCACUUGGUGCGGCACUUGGCGCCUCCCUGUAGAAUGCACGGACACGUUUGGACGCUUUGACGCCGCGGCUGCUUUGCCUGGCAGGCGCGGCACUUGGUGCGGCACGGACUUGACGCCGCUGCUGCUUUGC